AUGGUAAUCUUUGCAGAGAGUAUUCGAGGGGAAGACGAGGACGCGGAGGAUGUGAUUGGUAGCAGACGAGGCUGCUUGAACAACCCCUUUGAGGCUAAUCUCCUCGUUCCAACUCUAACUUUCGUAAUCGUUAUCGCACACUCCUGUUCCUACGGUGCGGCUCAGACACACACCAACUAUCGCCGUUUAACGUUUUCCCUUCUUGCAUAUACAUGUACCGUAAUACAAUACGUACGCAAUAUUGUCCGCGCUGGUUGUAAAAGUAACCUUAACCUUAACCUUCCAUCCAAUUCACACACCCAAUCCCAUGCAUCUCUCCCAGAGAAUCCCUGGGUUGAAGCCUCUCUCACACAACUUACGCAGUCUCCCUUCCUUUCUUCUUCCGUUCAACGUUCCACGUUCCGCAACUAA